AUGUUCGCAAACGCAACCGACCGGCAGCUGUACCAGCAGGCCGCGUCGGACUUUCGGGUGCCGUACUGGGACUGGUCCAGGAGCGCGCCUGCCGGUCAGACUCAUCUUCCCGACUUCUUCUGGAGUCCCAUCGUGGCCCAGAAUGGCCCAAACGGGAUGCAAAACAUCAAGAACCCGCUGUUCUCGUACCAGUUCCAUCCUCUCGACCCGGAGGCGCUGAUUUGGAACCCGGUAGGUGUCAUGCGGGGGGCGCCUCCGAGUGUCGCUGACGCCAGGCAGCUGAAGCAGUGGAACGAGACCAAAAGAGGACCCGAGAUGAGCAUCAGCCUCGAGGCACCGCCGUCAAACAACUCCAAGGCCAACGCCGCACUGCUCUCCAAGCUGCCCGAGAUUCAGCAGCGUCUCUACAUUCUCUUCUCCAACUACCAUGACUUCAACGCCUUCAGCAACAAGGCUUGGGCGGUGUCGCGCGGCCUCUCCAUGCUGGAUUCCAUCGAGUCCAUCCAUGACAUCAUUCACAUCUACGGCGGCUCAAAGGGCCACAUGACGUACGUUCCGCUGUCCUCGUUCGACCCUCUCUUCUUCAUGCACCACAUCAUGACGGACAGGAUCAUCGCCAUGUGGCAGAUACUCAACCCCUCGACCUGGAUCAGCCCCAUGGCGGCGGGCGAAACGACCUUCACCUCGUUGAAAGGCACGCUCCAGUCCUCGAGCACACCUCUCACACCCUUCUACUCCUCCCCCGACGGCACGUUUUGGGACUCGGACAUGUCAAGGACCACGGAGGCGUUUGGCUACACCUACGCCGAUACGGACCCGUCCCUGGGCUCCGAUGACGCGAUCCGCCAGUCGCUCAUUCAAAAGAUCAAUCAAUGGUACGGAGCGUCGAGCCCGGCGGCUCAGCUGGCCCGGGCCCGCCGUCCAGCGGUCCAGAGCCACCCCCUGAGGCAUACCUUUGACGGCGACGCGCGGGACACGGUGCUCGCACCCGAUGCCAAGCCAAGCGCGGCCGGCCCUUUUCCCUCGCGCGUUCUCGCACACGGUCACUACACGGAGUGGAUUGCCAACGUGCAUGUCAACGUCGGAGCCCUCGAUGGAUCCUACGCCAUCCUCUUUUUCUUUGGCCUGCCGCCAGCCGACGAGGCUGAAUGGGAGCUGUCCCGGAACCUGGCCGGAUCCGUUGGCAUCUUCACCAUGAGCCACAUGACGAGCUCCCAAUCCAAGGUUUCGGGAGCCGUGCCUCUGACCUCGGCCCUCCUCCGGCUCGUGCGUGCCGGAGCGGUCGCAAGCUUGUCCCCUUCUGCGGUGAUUCCGUUCCUCGAGAGAUGCCUGCACUUCCGCGUCCUCGGAAACAGCGACAGCGAGGUGGAUCCCAAGCUGGUAGCCGGCCUGUACGUGGGUAUUAGCAGCGCAUAUGUUCAGCUUCCCGAGGGGAAUGCAUUUCCCCUGUGGGGCCGAUCGGUUACGAGGCUCGAGUUGUGGUCGUAA